AUGACGGGAUCAGCUACGCAACGGUUACUCCUGAUCUCUGGAACCCUACAAACGCCUGUGAAUCACCAAAACCCUCCCACGUUCCUUCCAGAAUCCGGAACUUCUGGUUCCAGUUGCAAACAUACUCCUCAUAAUACCCUCAUGGUACCAGGUUCCGUUGAGUUCGAUGAAGCUGUGCUGCAGUCUAUAUCACAUUAUGCUGAGAGCCAUACCUCUCCCGACUUCAUUAAAGUUUUUCGUGACACCUUGAUCCUCUUGCGGAAGCUUUUCCAGUCCACCGACCCUUCAGCCCAGCAGUUCGUUGUUUCUGGAAGCGGGACUCUCGGUUGGGAUAUGAUCUCUGCCAGCCUCGUGGAGAAGGGUGAUAAUUCCCUUGUGCUCAACACCGGCUAUUUUGGCGAUUCGUUCGGCGAUUGUCUCGAGGUAUACGGCGCUCAGGUGACCCACAUACGCGCACAAGUCGGCGAACGACCAUCUCUGCAAGAUAUUGAGAAGGCCCUAAGCCAGAAAUUCUAUAAGCUGAUCACAAUCACCCACGUCGAUACCUCGACCGGUGUUCUCAGUGAUAUCAAGAAUGUGACCAAGCUAGUGCGGCGAGUUAGUCCAGCGACCUUGAUUGUUGUGGACGGAGUGUGUAGUGUUGGUUCGGAGGAGAUUGCUUUUGAUCAAUGGGGACUGGACGCCGUGGUCGCAGCCGGCCAAAAAGCUAUUGGCUGUCCUUCCGGCCUCAGUAUCCUAAUGAUGUCUAGCCGUGCUAUUCAGCAAGUGCAGUCGCGCAAGACUCCACCAGGUUCAUAUUACGCCUCGAUCGCGAAAUGGUACCCUGUCAUGCAAAAAUAUGAGAACAACGAACCUGCCUACUUUACCACACCACCAACUCAACUCAUCCGCGCUCUACACGCUAGUCUAAGCCAGAUCACAGCUCGACCUAUUGCUGAGCGCAUUGCCAUUCACGCGCAGGCUUCUGACAAGAUUAAGGCUGCUGUCACUCGGCUUGGUCUAAAACAGGUUGCUACCCGCCCCGAGUGCCAGGCUCACGGGCUGACUGCAAUGUACUUACCUCCUGGUUUGACCCCGCCUGACGUGCUCCCUAGCAUCCUUAGGCGCGGGGUGGUAUUUGCGGCUGGCUUGCAUAAGGAAAUCGCCAAUCAGUACAUUCGAUUUGGUCAUAUGGGUGUCAGUAUUAUGGACACAGAUCGCGGCGAUAUUGAGAAGGCUUUGGCAGCUCUGAGGGACGCUUUGACUGAGGCGAGACAGAUCAAAGGGAUGUAG